AUGGACGGAGAAGAUGUUAUGGAAGGACAAGGUGGUUUGGAUGGAGAAGAAAUUAAGGAAGGAGAAGAAGUUAGGGAAAGAGAGGAAGUUAAAGAAGGAGAAGAAGUUAAGGAUGGAGAAGACGUUUGGGAUGGAGAAGAAGAUAGAGAAGAAAUUUGGGAUGUAGAUGAAGUUAAGGAAGGAAAAGAAGAAGUUAAGGAUGGAGAAGAAGUUAGGGAAGGAGAAUUAGUUAAGGAUGGGGAAAUAGUUUGGGUUGGGGAAGAAGUGAAGGAAGGAGAAGAUGUUAGGGAAUUAGAAGAAGUUUUGGAUGGAGAAGAAGUCAAGGAUAAAGAAGAAAUUAUGGAUGGGGAAGAAGUUAAGGAGGGAGAGAUGAUUAUUAUGGAUGGAGAAGAAGUCAAGGAAGGAGAAGAAUUCAUGGACAAAAAAAG